CAAAAAGCUGAGGCUGUUAUCUUCGCGCGUAGAAACUUCUCUCUCUCGAUUCUCACCGUCUGAUGGCGUCGAUUUCAGCAGCUGGAUUUCUGCCGCAACCCCUCGCCUUCUCCGUCGGAACCGGAAGAGCUUCUUCAACUGUGAGACCAAUAGCAUGCUUUUCACUGCAGCAGCAACAAUCUCAGCUGAUUGAGCGAAGAAAAGUAAUGGUAGUAGGGACGGUUGGGUUACUCGCGGCCGCUCUCUGGCAUUCUUCCGACGGAAAUAUUGGAACGGCAAUGGCCGCCUCAUCUGGAUUUACCGACAUGCCUGCACUUAGGGGAAAAGAUUAUGGGAAGACCAAAAUGAGAUAUCCAGACUACACUGAAACAGAAUCAGGUCUUCAGUACAAGGACUUGCGGGUGGGGGAUGGCCCUACACCCAAGAUGGGAGAAACAGUUGUGGUUGAUUGGGAUGGCUACACUAUAGGAUAUUAUGGCCGCAUAUUUGAAGCUCGAAACAAGAGCAAAGGCGGUUCCUUUGUGGGAGAUGACAAAGACUUCUUCAAAUUUAGACUUGGAUCCCAAGAGGUGAUUCCAGCAUUUGAGGAAGCAGUUUCAGGAAUGGCUCUUGGUGGUGUGAGAAGGAUCAUAGUUCCACCAGAACUGGGAUAUCCUGACAAUGACUACAACAAAAGUGCCCCCAAACCAACGACCUUCUCAGGUCAACGAGCAUUAGAUUUUGUGCUAAGGAACCAAGGGUUUAUAGAUAAGACUCUACUGUUUGAUAUUGAGCUCCUGAAAAUCAUUCCAAAUUGAUUUCGGCUCAAAGGUCAUCAUUGCAUAAACAACUAGAAACCGAAAAUAUAUCAAGGGAAGUUUUCUAAUACUGUAACUGGGAGUUGUCAUCCAUGGCUGAAAAUAUUGGAAAGCAUUGAGCAAAGAAUGUAAAGUAUCUCUUUGAAGCAAGCAGUGAGGCCAUGUUUCAUACUCCAAAUUCUAGCUAUUGUUGUUUUUUGACAUUUUUAUAUAUUGCCAACUAAAAUAUAAUGGUGUGAAGAAAGUUGAGAUUGCCCAUUAUGACCAAAUUUUGUUACGAUCCAAAUCUUCAUUCAGUGCCAGAAAGUUUUGUAGCAUUCGUGUAUUGUUCUAUGUAUUUAUACUGUUCUUUUUGCUGGUUCUA